AUGGCUUCAAAAACCUCAUCCUCCCUUAUCCUUUUCCUCACAUUCAACAUCCUCUUCUUCACACUAACCACCGCGUGUGGCGGUGGCUGCAGCUCAACCCCCAAACCCAAACCAAAACCCAAGCCCACUCCAAGCUGCCCUAGGGACACUCUCCAGCUCGGUGUUUGCGCCAAUGUUCUCAAGGAUCUUCUCAAAAUCCAGCUGGGCAAGCCCCCAGUCAAACCUUGCUGCUCGCUUCUCAAGGGUCUAGUUGAUCUUGAGGCUGCAGCUUGUCUAUGCACCGCCCUAAAGGCUAAUGUUUUAGGCAUUAAGCUUAAUGUUCCCGUCUCCCUCACCCUUCUCCUCAAUAAAGCCGCAACGAGAUGUGACGAGUCCCAUACCCUGAAAAUCACGCUGAACCGCUGCCCAAAUCACACCAGAGCUGCCGCCACUGUCUCUGACCAAGCCGGAGCUUCUGCAUAUGUUUCCAUAAGCGUGAGGAGAAGUGUGUGUGAGUCAACACCGAGCCGCCGUGUUCUCGAUUACGCUGUGCCGUUUACCGUCGCCAGCGAUCUGAUGCUCCAAGUCACUGCCAUCAUCCGUGAAUUGUUUCUGUGUUACUUAAGCUCCAAGCUUCGUCCGUUCUGCUUAUUUUCUGUUGUUGGUGUUGCUACGUCAUUGUCCGUACUGCAAGCUUUCUCUUCUCCAUUGUUGGUUACGAUUGGUGUGUAGUGUUUAGCAUUCAAUUGGUAAGCAAGAUCUCUUCUGUUGUUGUCACGUUAACCAUAUUAUGGGAAUGCAUAAAUGUAACAUGUGGGCUAUUGUCUCCAAUGGU